CCUAGCCCAAGCAUGGUGCCAGACUAUUCCACUCAAGCGAACCUGCGGCCUCCUUGUGCGAACUGGCGGAAGUUCGGAAGCAGCGGAACUGCGAAGCUCGAAGCUCGAAGAGGGAGUAGCGGAGCUACGACGGAGAUACCAACACCAGCCAACUUGCGGCUACCAGCUGCGACGCCUCCCUCCGUCCGCGCUCCAGGGCCUGCGUCAGCCGUCUUUCCUCUACGGCUCUGAGUGACCAAGUCCGACUCUGCCAUCUGCGGCUCUGCCUCCAGCUCCAGGAUUGGUCAAAGACGGAAAAUUGCAGUUUUGUUCUCUACCCUUUGAGAAAUGGCAUCGAUUCAUCCUAAUCUCUGUCCUUCAGUAGCUUCUUCAUCAUCUGCCUUCCUAGGCCAGAACAAGCUCAAGUUAAGGGCUCAACAAUUGUCUCUAGUGCGGACAACUACUGGGAUUGUGAGAUGUGUUGCAACACCAGAGAAAACUGCUUUCAAGACCAACGUCUCCCGCAAUGAAAACUUGGGGAAACUUCAAGCUGGUUAUCUCUUUCCUGAAAUUGCUAGAAGGAGAGCUGCACACAUGUUGAAGCACCCUGAUGCCCAAAUUAUAAGCCUUGGAAUUGGAGACACUACUGAGCCCAUUCCUGAAGUGAUAACAUCUGCCAUGGCAAAGAGAGCCCAUGCAUUGUCUACUCUUGAGGGUUAUAGUGGUUAUGGAGCUGAACAAGGAGAAAAGAAAUUGAGAUCUUCAAUAGCUUCAACUUUUUACUCAAAUCUUGACAUAGAGGAUGAUGAUAUUUUUGUGUCAGAUGGUGCUAAAAGUGAUAUAUCACGCCUUCAGGUUCUUUUUGGAUCUAAUGUGAUCAUGGCUGUGCAAGACCCAUCAUACCCGGCUUAUGUGGAUUCGAGUGUGAUAUUGGGCCAAACUGGGCAGUACCAAAAAGAUGUUGAGAAGUAUGGGAAUAUUGUUUACAUGAAAUGUACACCAGAAAAUGGAUUUUUCCCCAACCUAUCAUCUGUUCCUCGGGCAGAUAUCAUAUUUUUCUGCUCACCUAAUAACCCAACUGGUUCAACCGCAUCAAGGGAUCAGCUAACCAAAUUGGUACAAUUUGCUAAGAACAAUGGGUCAAUCUUAGUCUAUGAUUCUGCAUAUGCAAUGUAUAUAUCAGAUGAAAGCCCAAAAUCCAUAUUUGAGAUUCCAGGAGCCAAAGAGGUUGCCAUUGAGGUGUCCUCGUUUUCCAAGUAUGCUGGCUUCACUGGCGUCCGCUUAGGUUGGACCGUCGUUCCAAAAACCCUCCUUUUUUCUGAUGGAUUCCCCGUGGCCAAGGAUUUCAAUCGCAUUGUCUGUACAUGCUUUAAUGGCGCAUCAAAUAUUGCACAAUCUGGGGGUCUUGCAUGCCUUUCGCCAGAAGGGUUUGAGGCAAUGUUGGAAACAGUUAGCUAUUACAAAGAGAACACGAAUAUCAUAAUGGAGACAUUUACUUCACUGGGGUUUAAGGUGUAUGGAGGAAAGAAUGCACCAUACGUGUGGGUCCAUUUCCCAGGUCGGAGCUCGUGGGAGGUGUUUGGCGAGAUUCUUGAGAAGACUCAUGUUGUGACCACCCCUGGAAGUGGGUUUGGACCGGCCGGAGAAGGUUUUGUUAGGGUUAGUGCCUUUGGACACAGAGAGAAUGUUUUGGAAGCCUGCCGGAGAUUCAAGCAGCUAUACAAGUGACAACUACAACUCUUCUACCAAUUGCUCUCUUUUCCCAGGAUUUGUUUUAUUUUUAGGUACAUUGCUUCAUUGUUUAAGCUUGACCGAGCUGUACGUCAUUGCGCCUAUGAGUCAACUUUGCCUGUUAGUCUUGGAAUUCAAAUAACAUGCGCAUUGACAGCAUUGUUUAAAAACGGGAAGUUUCUCAAUAGGUGUAAAAACAAGGUAAUUUGAGGGCAGCAAUAUUCCAGUCUUAUUUAAAGAAAAAUAGCACAUCUUGGAGCCAGUCUUAUCAUUUAUGAGAAAGUAGAGCUCUUUUCAAUUUGGAAUUUUGAGAAACUAAAUAGUAUAAACUUAAUAAGUUUUUAUCGGCAAGAACUAAAAA